AUGUCAGAGGCAGAGGCCGUGCGUGUGAUCGGCCUAUGGCCGAGCCCGUUCGUGAUCCGCGUCCUGAUCGCGCUGAAGCUGAAGGGCGUCAAGUACGAGCUCGUGGAGGAGGUGGUGGGCAAGAAGAGCGAGCUGCUGCUCAGGUCAAACCCGGUGCACAAGAAGGUCCCCGUCCUGCUCCACCACGGCAAGCCCAUCUCCGAGUCUCUCAUCAUCGUCCAGUACAUCGACGAGGUCUGGUCCUCCGACGACGCGCCGGCCUUCCUCCCCGCCGACGCUUAUACCCGUGCGGUCCAGCGGUUCUGGGCACAGUACGUCGAUGACAAGUUGACACUCACGCAGCUCCCUCCGGCGAUCCGCAUACUCAGGGGAAUGGAUGACGGGGGCAAGGACGAAGCGGUGGAGCAGCUGUCCGCCGCCCUGCAGCUCUUAGAGGAGGCUUUCGUGAAGCUCAGCCAGGGGAAGCACUACUUCGGCGGCGACAGCGUCGGGUACCUGGACAUCGCUCUGGCGGUGGAGAAGAUCGCCGGGGUCACUCUCCUGGACAAGGCGAAGGUUCCGAACCUGGUGGCCUGGGCCGAUCGGCUCUGCACCCACCCGGCCGUGGUGGACGCGAUCCCUGAUGCGGACAAGUUCGUUGAGUUCAGCGUCACCUAUGGGUCGUCCUCAAAGCCUACCAAUGGUCCCAAGUGA